AUGCCCGCUUUGGUUGCGUUUAAUCGCCGUUGGCGCAUUGGAAGUGAUGAUCUGUUCUUUCCAGCAGCAGUGGGACUAAUAAUCAGAGUAUUAUGGUGAGUCUUGAUCAGCUUUAAUUAACCAGAGUCAAUAUUUACACGCUGAUAGUACUGGGCUUUCAGUAAUGGUGGGUAAUAAAUUUUGGCACCACAGGGAUUUCAUAUGACAAACAACUGAAUACGAUUUUUUUACAGCACAGAUCCGAAAGAAUCAAAUAGUAAAAGCGACUAUGUAUAACUGAAGAUUUUUGAUCUUGUAGAGAGGUGCACGUAUUACAAGAAAAGGGAGAAAAAGACUCAUCAAUUUUUUGGAAUAGGUUGGUGAUCAUAUCCUUCAUUUAUGGUUUCCAAAUUGACGAGAUCAGAAAAUGCGAGGCUCAUUUGGAGUUGCAGGUGUUCUUCAUUGGUGUGAUUGUUUUAACCAGCGUGAUAAUCGUUAAUGAAAUGGCCAUCUUAUACGUCAGCAUGCAGGGAACAUUGACCAAUCCCAGGCCACGUCGACACAUGCCAAAGCUCCUGUAUUUUCAACUCACUUUAUAUUUUCCUGAACUGAUUUGGACAAUUCUUGGUACGUACUGGACAGUUAAGCAUUUUAGCUAUAAUUGUCAGCUUGGCUUGGUCGUGGCUGUAUGUGUAUCAGUCGCUCUGCAGUGGGCUAUCCUCUUGACUGUUUUGAUUGGAGCUUUGGUGCUGUUUGAUCCCCUUGGGAAAGUUCAUUGUGACCCUUUUGAACAGGAGUUUAGCUCCACAAUGCAAGAGUCAGCAAAGAAGGUAUGGAUUAGCAGUGAGCUUUAAUUGAUUAUAAAUGUGAAUAAAUGAAUGGGUAUUUUUUUUUUAAUCUCAGCUGAGAGGUUUCUUUGGUACCAGAGGCUUUGGUUGAGUCUUUGCCACUUGUGUCUUUGGCCUACAGAUGUAUGGCUGAAGACGUGUUGGCCUGCAGCUGGGGAAGCUACUUGUCACACAUUGUAUGAGAAGAAACCUCUGAUACCCAGGGUAUACGAGAGGGGGAGGAGGUGCCUAUUCAAAGGAGGGUGCUUAAUCCAGAGUGGUGCUUGUUGUAGCCUGUGAAAACAUCCGUUUCUCCUCGCUCUUCGUCGCUGAGGACGUUUCGCGCGGAGGAAUGUCUGCGACUCAGCGACAGAAAUUCCAUACUGAUGACGUAAAAUCUGUCCAGAAUCCGGCCAGAAGCGCUGAUUGGUCGACGGAGCAGUUACAUUGUUUUAGCUGUUGUUUACGAAUGACAGACAAAAGACAAAAGGCCAAAAAGGUCAAAUGUAAACACAAAGAAUCUCUAACAAAACAGUCAAUAUUUGUGGAAUAUAGUCUUCUCUAGAAGAAGCAUUUGAGUUUUGCUGGAGCUCGUGGGCAGAUCAACACAACAUUUUACCAAAAUCGACCAGAAGACACGAAAAAUUGGACAAAUUUAUAUUACCCCAUGACUUCUUCCUCUUCGCGAAGCGUCCUCAGCGAUGAAGAGCGAGGAGAAACUGAUGUUUUCGCAGGUUAUGCUUGUUGAGUUUCUCUUUCAAUGAGUGAUCAGUACACAUGUAUCUGAUGUUGCAUCCUCCUGUUGCAUCCUCAUCCUGUUUACCUGUAUACCCCUUUCUCUCCACUGUGUCUGCAAUGGCCACUUUGCCUAAAAGCCACUAUUGAAGGGGUUAAACUGUAUUUUAAACUUACUGAUUUUGUCAUUUUACUCAACAGCUGUGGGAAAGGAGAUGUCGCUUACUCUGUUGUUGUUUUGCUGGGAGAGAUGAUCAAUACUUAAGUGCUGUGUCUGAUAUUGCGGAUAUUUUAGCAUCUGGACUCCAUGAUGUGGAUGUUGUGCCAUCUGAUGUGGCUGUUGGUCUUAUUCUACUUCGAGAAGAGCAAGACAGAGAAGACCGUCAAAACAGGGCUAAAGGGGAGGUGAGUGAAAAAAAAGGGGGCACUGAACUUUACUCCUCUUUUCUUUGACUUGAAUCUUUAAGAAUCUGUAUCUGUCACUUUUCCAUCAUUUUUGAGAGAUUACAGUUUUUGUUUUGGUGAUGUUUUCAUAUUUUUGUCAAGUGUUAGACUGUGUGUUAGACUCCCAAAUUUGUAAUUUUAAAGAUGAUAGUUAUUAGUCAUGUUAUUAUUUAAUAUUAAAAAUAAAUAAAUAAUUAAACUAGUUGACUUGAGGAUAAUCUGGCCACCUAACAUCAUGUAAAGGCAACCUACUUAGCAAUGUGCCUCCCCAGUGAAAUAUGAUAAUUUCAGAUGCAAAACUGUUUUCACAUUACCCAGAUGACAUUGUACACAAUGGGCUAUCUUUAGCUCUCAAGAAUGAAUGGUUUUUGAUUGAUUUCACAAACUCUAUACGGAGUUGCAAAUUGUUUCUUAGCAUCACUACUACCCAUAUUUUAGAUGAGUAGUUUUCUCUUCAGACAUCAAUAGGGCCAAAGUAACUCCAUAAGAAUCAGGAGAUAAGCAAUGUAAAAUACAGCUUUGCUUAAACUUAUUUAAGCCUGCACUGUAGUCCUCAUAUGCCACCAAGCUACCUGCAACAUAGCUGCCUGUGUUGCCUGCGAUACAUACUGUUCCUAUGAGAACAGAGGUCACUGGCAACAGGGUCCAUCCCAGCCUUCACAGCGGGCUUCCUACAAAGUUGACUCAAGUUCAACCAGCAGUAAAGACCUGUGAUGUUUCUUGUUGCAAGAGAAUCUGUUUUCUUCACAUUCAUGUCGGUGGUAAAAACCUGCAAUGUUUCUUGUUACCAGUGGCAAUGUGUUCUCACAGUAGUUUCUCAGGCAGUACUGGCAGCUCUGUCGCAGCUACAUCUGCAGCAUGUGAGAACCAGGCUUUAAUGUACCUAAAGACAUGAAUCCCUGACAGCAUCAGGAAGCCUCUGACAGAGGAUCAGUAAAUGCAAGAGCACAUAAUUGCCAUUCAGGUCUUACUUGUUUCUUCUCUCGUUUUUUCCGCAGAUGGCUCAAAAAGGAACUCCUGUAAAUCUGAAUGACCCUGUAAGUUAAGAUGGAGAUUUCCAUUGAUGGUAAAAGAAAGUAAAACAUUUCCUUGGCCAAACAGUAUCUGCUGGCUAACAUUCUGUCUCAUGCUCUUUACUGAUUAUUCACCAGUAACUUCAAAGACAAGUUUUCAAGAAGAAAACUUAGAAAAACUGUAAAGAAGAUUUGGAAACUACAAUUCAUGUCAUAUUGAUUUGAUUGGUUGUUAUCUUGUUUCUGUUUCCUAUUUUUGUGAACUCUACAGUUUGAAAUGUUUUGACAAAUUAUUGUUCAAUUCUUUUGAAAUGAGGUACACUGUACCAAACAAGACUCCACUUUGUUUUUUUUGCUUAAGAUUGGAACAGUGAGGUUAAUACAAGUCUUAACUCUUUUUCUUGUUAUUCCAUGAUGUUUGACUCUAGAAAGAGAAGUCUCUAGUCGAAGAUGCAGCUUAUUUUAUAAAAUUUGCCGUGGGAUCGUAUGGCUGGGCACUGUACGUGUUUAUGAAUCCUUGCGCAGGACCCUUGAACCUGUGUGGUGGAUUAAGGUACGGCACUGCAGGGCUGCAUGUCACUAAGAUUUCUUGUUGCCAGAUAUAUGCAUUCAGUAGGCAGGGAAUUGAACAGUCAGGAAGUUGUUUUGGUUGUAUUUCUUUUGUUUUCUGUGAGAGUAGUCAGGGUUCAUGCUCACAGUUUCAAGGGGAAAUUAAUUCUUGGCUCCCAGCCCUUUAUGGUAGCCCUGUUAUUGUCAGUAGUACUUAAUAUGCUGGGCAAUCUGAAGCAAAGCAAAGAAGCCUUAAAUGUAGUAGAAGCUCAAGAGCAGUUUCAGGCGGUCACUUUAGUCAAAAAUCCAAGUCAUACUUAACAAAAAACAAACAAAGAAAGUGUGCAAUCUUGUACCAGCUAAUAAAAGAAGCGAUGAAGUCAGCAGAAAAGUCCCGUGGUGCAAUUCCACACAUCAUCGACCCGGUCUCCUACAUAACCUUAAUCAAAUUGUUAAAGGCCUGGGUACAUUAUGAUCUGCAGGUGCUGCGGGUGUUGUCGUCCUACCUUAGAACACAUCUCCAAAGAUAACUGCUGUCAUUGCAACUCCGCUGGCCUUAAACUGCAGACUCAACUGGAGGAUAUGGACUUGGCUUACUGCAGCUAUCAUAAUAAGGUGAUCGUGUGCAAAACUACUCGGCAUUAA